AUGCUCUCGCCCUUCCUUGUGCUUCUUCUACUUGUCCUGGCAGAGGCCUUCAUCACCGGUCGCACUGGGAACAACUCUUUCGACUAUGUGAUUGUCGGAGGGGGCACAGCCGGCAUUCCCAUGGGAACCCGACUGGCGCAGGCUGGGUACGAUGUCGCCAUUGUCGAGGCAGGCGGCUGGUACGAGGACUCUGAGCUGGUGAUCUCGUCCACUCCGGCCUUUGGGUUUGCAAACAAUGCGGUUAAUGAUUGGGGGUUUCAAGUCGAGCCUCAGCCAGGUAUGAGAGGAAGGGUGUUUGGUUAUCCGCGUGGGAAGUGUUUGGGAGGCUCUAGUGCACGCAAUGCGAUGAUAUACCAACGAGCACCCGCUGGUUCAUUUCAGAAAUGGGCCGACGAUGUUGGAGACCAGAGCUACGCAUGGUCUCGCUUCGAACUGUACUUCAAGAAAAGCACCAAUUUCACAGCGCCAGAUCCCAUUCGGCGAGCUGCUAAUGCCACGCCGCGAUACAACGCCGAUGCUUUCUCUACAGAUGGCGGUCCGUUGACGGUGACUUACGCCAACUGGGCGUCUCCCAUCUCAAGCUGGAUUCAAAAAGCCAUGAAGGCAGUUGGCAUUGGCGAUGUGGGUGACUUCAACAGCGGCCAGGUUAUCGGGUCGCAGUAUUUCCCACUCACCGUCAUCGCGGAGACGCAAGAACGGGCAUCGUCUGAGAACACAUAUUUGGAUGAGUCUCAGGAUCUGCCAAACCUGACUGUGUACACUGAGACAUUAGCUAAGAGAAUCCUCUUUGACCAUGCGAAAACCGCAACAGGAAUAGUGGUCGAGAUGGACGGUGCCGAGUAUACCCUCUCCGUCGACAAGGAAGUGGUACUCUCCGCUGGAGCGUUCCAGUCCCCUCAGCUACUGAUGGUGUCGGGCGUCGGCCCCGCAGAUACGCUAGAGUCCCUUGGUAUUCCAAUCGUGCAUGAGAGUCCCUACGUCGGACAGAAUCUGGUUGACCAUGUCUGGUUUGGAGCCGCGUACCGCGUCAACGUCCCAACCUGGACUGAAUGGGCCAACGAUGGCUUCAGAAUGCUUCGACUGUACGUUGAUGACUAUAGAAAGCACCAGCAAGGACCAUUAACCGCCAAUGCGGGUGACUUUGGUGCCUUUGAAAAGAUCCCUGAUAGUUUGCGAACAACGUUCACCGCAGACGCUCUGGAUGAUCUUGCAGCAUUCCCGGACGACUGGCCAGAGGUUGAAUAUAUUGCCUCGCCCAUGUAUCUCGGCAAUUUCGAUGACCCAAUGGGCAGGCAGCCCAGAGACGGCUACCAGUACGCAUCCAUCACCGCCGCCCUUGUAGCCCCCGUCUCGGUGGGCAAUGUGACGAUCCGUUCGGCAGACACAAACAACCAUCCUGUGAUACACCCCAAUACGCUGGGUUCUUGGACAGACAAGCAAGUUGCAAUCGCCGCCUUCAAGCGCAUCCGGGAGAUCUUCGCGGUCCCGGAGUUAGCCCCUGUGCUUCUUGGUGAAGAGGCCUACCCUGGUAAACAUCAAGUGCAGACUGAUGCAGAGAUCCUCGAGUAUAUCCAGCAAGACGGACUGGCAUUCUACCAUGCCGGUGCGUCUUGUGCAAUGGGGGAUCCGGAGGCGCCGGAUAGCAAAGCCGUUGUGGAUAGUAAGGCACGGGUGAUCGGGAUUAAUGGAGUGAGGGUUGUUGAUGCUUCGGCCCUACCGUUCCUCCCUCCGAGUCAUAUACAAAGUGCUAUUUAUGCGCUGGCCGAAAAGAUUGCCGAUGCGGUGGUUGAAGAUGAAAAGGAGAAAUGGUCAGGAGAUGUGAUAGGUGCCGAAUGGCAUGAGCGGACUGAUUUGUAGUUUUGAUGUUUUUGGUCUAUGUCUGACAUAACAAUCUGAUGCUACCAUCAGGUUUGAGAGUAGUAGUAGUAAAUCCCUCAGGCUUUCGCGGCCGUGGG